GGGAAUCUGGAGUUCGAUGCACGUCAGUCUGAUGUUGAACGACUUUUCAGAAAAUAUGGGAAGGUUGAGAGGGUGGAUAUGAAAUCAGGAUUACUUGGACUUUCCAUGAUCUUCCUGGAUGGAUGGUUCUCUGCAUCCCUUUUCUGGCUUGUUCCCAAGAUACAUGUUAAUGUUUUUCCGAAAGGACCAAUAUGAUCCUCCAUGGUUCUACCAUCCCACACUUACCUCAGACCAUUGCCCCUUUCCAUUUGUCAUGCUUUGUCAAGUAUUCAAUUCCCAACAUGUUCCACAUAGAAAUCAUGAUCAUCUCGGUACCAAUGGCAGGUUUUGCUUUUGUGUACAUGGAAGAUGAGCGGGAUGCUGAUGAUGCAAUUAGAAGACUUGACAGGAUAGAGUUUGGUAGAAAGGGGCGUAGACUUCGUGUUGAAUGGACCAAGCAAGAACGUGGUAUAAGAAGGCCUGGUGGGAGCCCAAAAAAAUCUUCAUCUAAUUCAAGACCUUCAAAAACUCUGUUUGUUAUAAACUUUGAUCCAAUUCAUACUAGGACAAGGGACCUAGAGAGGCACUUUGACCCUUAUGGAAGAAUAUCAAAUGUGAGAAUCAGAAGGAAUUUUGCAUUUGUGCAGUUUGAGUUGCAGGAAGAUGCCACUAGAGCAUUGGAAGCACUACAUAUGAGCAAGUUUAUGGAUAGAGCUAUUUCGGUUGAGUACGCAAUUCGAGAUGAUGACGACAGAAGAAAUGGUUACAGCCCUGAUAGACGAGGCCGUGAUAUGUCCCCAGAUAGAAGAGGGCAUGGUCGUGGGAGAUCUCCCAGUCCGUACCGCAGGGAUAGGGGAAGCCCUGAUUAUGGUCAUGGAUCAAUCCCAAGUUCAAGAGCGGAGCCUCGGGGAAGUCCUGACUAUGGUAGAGCUGAGAGUCCUGUCAAUGAAAGAUAUCACAGUCGUUCACCGCCACCACGGGAGAGAUCUCGUUCUUGAGAAGGGAAGUUUCAAGUGGCAGUUUGUACGAACAUCUAAUUCAACUCUUUCACUGCAUGUCCUUUAGCAACGCAAUCUGUAGUGCUUGUGCUGUCUGUGGACCUAGUUUAGUUAGUUGACUUGCUCUAUUUUAGUAGCUGUAGACAGAUUCUAUAUGAUUUCUUGGAAUUUUACUUGACUUGUGAUUAUUAUCCUUUGAAUGCUUAAAUUAGUGUUCUGAUUUUUUUGUUUGAAUGCUUCUAGUGUUGUGAUC